UAAAGUUGAAAGAAAUAUUAAUUAGGAGGGGCGCACACAGGGUGACAUGCAAAGCAUAUCAUGUGUUGCAGCCUCCUUCAACUACGCAACAUUUCCUCGCAUGCGUUACGCAGACGAUAGUUAAUUAGGAAGUUGGCAUUACAAGAACAAGAACAAAACCCCACUCACUCACUCAUAUUUCUUUGGGAGUGAAUGGCCAAUUUGCCCCAAUCCUUCUCCUUAAGCGGCGCCUCGUUUGGAGCUCCUUCUUCUUCUUCUUCUGCCACCACCAAGGAUCCAAGGACGAUGGCGUCUGUGGAACACCUCGUUCUCCAACUCAGCAACCCCGAUCUCCGAGAAAACGCUCUCCAUGAACUCUCCAAGAAGAGGGAGUUAUUUCAGGAUCUUGCUCCGUUAUUGUGGAAUUCUCUUGGCACCAUGGCAGCACUUUUACAGGAAAUAGUUUCAAUUUACCCUGCUAUUUCACCUCCAAACCUUACUCCAGCACAAUCAAAUCGAGUGUGCAAUGCUCUUGCUCUUCUUCAGUGUGUGGCAUCUCACCUUGAUACAAGGAUGCCAUUCCUCAAUGCUCAUAUACCUCUAUAUCUGUAUCCCUUCCUUAAUACAACCAGUAAGUCCAGACCAUUUGAGUAUUUGAGGCUUACCACUCUUGGAGUCAUUAGUGCCUUAGUGAAGGUUGAUGAUACAGAGGUUAUAAGUUUCCUUCUUUCAACAGAGAUUAUUCCGCUGUGCCUGCGCAGUAUGGAAAUGGGCAGUGAAUUGUCAAAAACUGUUGCAACCUUUAUAGUUCAAAAAAUUCUGUUGGACGAAAUGGGUUUGAAAUAUAUUUGCACUACAGCAGAGCGCUUUUAUGCAGUAGGUCGAGUUUUGGGAAACAUGGUGGCAACUCUUGUUCAGCAACCUUCAUGUCGUCUUUUGAAGCACAUUAUUCGUUGUUAUCUUCGUCUGUCUGAUAAUCAGAGUGCUUGUGAGGCAUUAAGAGCCUGUCUUCCGGACAUGUUAAGAGAUGCUACGUUCAGUAGUUGCCUUCGUGAAGACCCAACAGCUAGGAAGUGGCUACAGCAGUUGCUUCAUAAUAUUGGAGUCAAUCGGGUUCCUGCACUACAAGGUGGAGGAGGCUUCGAUCAUAUGAUGGGGUCGUGAGAACAAAGACUUGCCUCGUUGCUGGGGUUGCUACUUGUGAAAAUUAUCGACUAGCUACAUGCAUAAAAUAGGAUUUUCAGUUGGGCAUGUAUUGAGAAUGCAGAAUUGAAUGGGAAGGGAACUAUCUUUUUUAUUUAAGGGAGGAAGGGAACGUCUGAUGUUAGGAGUGAAGUAUACAUGAGAACAGUGAGCUCUUGAUUGAAUAUAAAUAUUGAAAUAAUAAUGAGCCGCGUAUAAUUUAAACUCUA